GGCGGGUUCCUGAAACUGGUUUGGCGACCCAAGGUAGAAUAAACCUUGGACAUAUUUUACAGUUAAAGUUCACCGUUCAGUGGUCUCAUUUACUGAUACCCCGUUUUACAUUUUUAAAGGCGAUCCAAGCCUCCAUACAAGCCGUGUGAUAUGUGGAUCAUUUGUGCGCUGUAAAGAACCCCGGGAUAAACGUCGACUGUGAGAUAUUUACUCUGAAUACUUUUUAUUGGCAUCGUCGAGCAUCGAAAAUCAAGGGAAUUAAAAUGAUCUUCGCCAAUACAGCCAAUCCGAUGAGGACUCCGUAUCGUAAGCAGCCUGGCGCGUUCACCGGCGCCCAUCCCAUGGCUCCGCCCAGUCCGAGCACCAACGGCUCGGCCGUUACCACGAGCAACGGCAACAGCAGCAGCAGCAGUAGCAGCAGCACCACUGGCUGGGAGCAGCUGAGCAAGACCAACCUCUACAUCCGCGGCCUACCGCCCUCCACCACCGACCACGACCUGGUCAAGCUCUGCCAGCCGUACGGCAAGAUCGUGUCCACGAAAGCCAUCCUCGACAAGACCACCAACAAAUGCAAAGGUUACGGGUUUGUAGAUUUCGACAGCCCUGCGUCGGCCCAGAAGGCGGUCUCGGCCCUGAAGACCAGCGGAGUGCAGGCCCAGAUGGCUAAGCAGCAGGAGCAGGACCCCACCAACCUGUACCUGUCCAACCUGCCGGUGACGGUGGAUGAGCAGGAGCUGGAGAGCCUGCUGAAGCCGUUCGGUCACGUGGUGUCCACGCGCAUCCUCAGGGACACGCACGGAGUCAGCCGCGGAGUCGGGUUCGCCAGGAUGGAGUCGACAGAGAAGUGUGAUGCAGUCAUAUCUCAGCUCAACGGCAAGUUCAUCAAGACAGCAGGAAUUAUGGGUUGUUCUGAGCCGCUGCUGUGUAAGUUUGCUGACGGGGGUCAGAAGAAGCGUCAGACUCAGGGCAAAUACACCCCCAAUGGGAAGACCUGGUCGCGAGAGGCAGAGGGGAGACUGAGCGGCAUGACCUUGACCUACGACCCCUCCACAGCCACCCUGCAGAACGGGUACUACCCCCCUCCCUAUAACAUGGGCAGUCGGCUGGUGCCUCAGACUGCUGUAACUCCCUACAUCUCUCCAGUGUCCACAUACCAGGUGCAGAAUCCUCCCUGGAUGACGCAUCAGCCUUACAUCAUGCAGCACCCGGGAGGGGUUUUGUCGCCCUCUAUGGAGCACCCCAUGACACUGCAGCCGUCCUCCAUCAUGGCGCCCCUCACGCAGCAGAUGGGGCAUCUGUCUCUGGGCAACACGGCAGCGUUUAUUCCAGCCAACGCUAGCAUGCAGGGUGCCUACAUCCCCCAGUAUGCACACAUCCACGCCUCCGCCAUGCCCGUUGAGGACAAUUCAACCCCCAUCGAAUCAUCCAGUGAUCAUUCAACAUACAGUUAUCAACCCAACAAGUAGUACUAAGGAACAGGAGGUCAAAGAGUAUGGACAGAAGGAACAUUGUUUCCAUGGAAACUAAAACAAGCUGUCUCUGGGAGGAUAUGACAUCAAAACCACACGUCUUUGUCAGGAUGGAGACUCAAAAGAAAAUGGAAAUGACGUGAAAGGACGAAAAAAAACAAAACAAAACAAAAAACAGUAACUUCUUUGAACUUUUUUGGGUGACAGUGCAACUCUCGCAGUCGAAGGAUGAUGACAACCUGGGCAAAGUUUUUAUUUUGUUAAUGAAAAAAUAAAUCAUGAGAUCAACCUCUUUUUUAAGGACACAAGAGUGCACAAAUAGGCACAGCCUUUUUUUCUUCUCUUUAUUCUUCUUCUUCAAAGAAGUGCAGUCAAUCUUUCGACAAGAGAACACCCAGUGACUACCAUGUGCGUGAGGACCAUGAGGUUUGAUGCUUCUUCCAUGGCAGACUGUCCUCUUGAAAACUUUCUUCUUUGAAUCAAUUUUAAAAAAGGAGCAAGCAGUGUGUGCUCUUCCGAGUGAAUUUAGAAGGAAAAAACAACCUAUGAAAAAGGCAAAAAAAAAUUAUUCAGCUCCAUCGCUUUCCCCUUGCUGUGAGAAUGGGGCUGACAUCCGCAUGCAGUGAUUUGAGUGAAAACUUUUUUUUUUAAUUGAUUCCCACCCAUGGACUUAGCUAAUUUUAUACUAGGAUGCACUGUGUGUCUGUUUGUGUGUCUGUGUGUGCGCGUUGUUGUGCGUGUAUGCAAGCAUGUCUGUUGACAUGGCUGUGGUUGUGUGCGUGUGUGUGCCCUUGUAUGUGUGUAUGUGUGCGCUUUUGUGUGUAUUUGAGUAUUCCGCUGUUUGAGCUUCCUUCAAAUCUUUGCCUUCUAAGGGUGUACUCACACUACGACAUCCGCACCGUACCCGAGUACAAUUGACCCCCUAAAAUCUGCUUUGUACACAUAGUGAUGUGUGGUUGCAAAUGUGCCUGAGCACAGUUAUAAAUUCCAUGAGAUCGUCAAUAACUCUGUUGUUGGGUAAAAAUUCAUUAGCUUUUGGCGCAAUUCUAGCAUUCUAUUCACGUCACCAUGCCACCAUGGUUUUAGAUUGAGUUUUAAAUACUGUGUGAAUGCGGAGAAUGGGAGCCAACGGAAACAAAGCCUACUCCAGUACGAUACGAGUGAACCGAGGCUAGUGUGAGUACGCCCUGAGUCUGAUGUGAUAUAGUAGUAGUAGUAGAUGAAAAG